AUGAGUACUCGUUCGAAAGGCAAUCGCCAUGGGGCUCUCGACGUCGGCGUGGUCUCUCCAAGUUCCAGCCAAGCAAAGCCUCCCCUGGAGUCCCUGAUCUCUACACAUGAUUUUGAGGCGGUUGCUUCACAUACCUUUACUCCCAAAACUUGGGCGUUUGUCUCCUCAGCAGCAACGGAUCUGCACACCAAAAGGCGAAAUGCGCAAGCCUACGCAACUAUUGGCCUUCGCCCACGCACCUUGAGGGAUGUUGCAAAUGUCGAUCUAAGCACCACCGUGCUCGGGCACGCCAUACGAGCACCCAUUUUCGGCAGUCCUGUGGCCAUGGCAGGUCUGGUCCAUGAGCAGGGUGAGAAGGAAAUUGGCCGGGCCGUCAAAGAGGCUGGACUCGCGCAAUGUGUGUCAACCAGUGCUUCUUACCCUCUGGACGCCAUCGUCGCUGCGACACGUGCCCAUCCUACAGAAAAGCCACAUACUGUGCCAUUCUUCUUCCAGCUAUACAUGGACAAGAACCGCGAGAACUCGAGACAAUUACUGCAGAGAGCCAGAAGCGCGGGGGCUUCGGCCAUAUUUCUCACCAUCGAUGCACCAGUCCCAGGGAAACGAGAGGCUGAUGAGCGCAUACAGUCGGAUGAGAGCCUUCGCUCGGGCAUGUCUGGUGCGUCAGGGAAGAAUGACGCCAAAGGAGGAGCUCUUGGGCGUAUCAUGGGCGGGUACAUCGAUGCCUCCAUGUCAUGGAAGGACAUUCCGUGGGUGAGGGAGUGUGUCCCUGGGAUGCCCAUUGUUCUCAAAGGAAUACAGACGUGCGAGGACGCGAUCAUGGCCAUGCGUGCUGGUGUUGAAGCUAUCGUGGUCUCGAAUCAUGGUGGCCGAAGUCUGGACACUUCACCCGCCACCAUCAUGGUGCUCUUGGAAUUGCAUAAUAAUUGCCCCGAAGUCUUCCAAAAGAUGGAAGUAUUUGUGGAUGGUGGCAUCACGCGAGGGACCGAUAUCUUCAAGGCGUUAUGUUUGGGCGCCAAGGCGGUCGGCCUGGGUCGAGGUACACUGUACUCUUUGAACUAUGGACAUCAUGGUGUGUCAAGAUAUAUCGAGAUUCUCAGAGAUGAGUUGGAGACAACGAUGAGAAUGUGCGGUGUGACAUCGCUGCACCAGCUUCACCCUGAAUAUUUGAACACAUUGAAAGCAGACCCAUUUGUACCAAAGAUUGAUUCUGCUUCCUUAGAAAGGACAGCGAAGUGUAAACUAUAG